AUGCCCAACCCUAAGCAGGCAGGCACGAGCUCACUCCACUCGCUAGCCACUACCGCCUCCACAGUCCACACCACUUCGCCGGCCAUGUCAAAUCGCCGUGUCUCGCCGCCGGAGCCGUUCAUCGGCGUCAGCAUGGAGCGGUUUGAGGCCAGCCUGGAGAGCGACGGCUUCGGACCCGGGUCGCUGGGGCCCGGCAUGGACAUGGUGAGGACCGUCGUCCAAUGCUCCCUCCCCAUGCCGCCCGUCUCCCACGCCGCCCCUCUCGCGCUCGCCGGCGCGGCCUGGCUCCCCGGCGGCGCCGACCGCAUCAGCGCCCUCCCCGACCGCCUCCUCCGCGACAUCACCUCCCGCCUCCCCGCCGCGGACGGCGCGCGCACCGCGGCGCUCGCCUCGUGCUGGCGCCCCCUCUGGCGCUCGGCGCCCCUCGUCGUCGCCGACACCCACUUCCUCCCCAACGGCCGGUGGAUCCCCGGUGUCGGCGAGGAGGAUUCGCCCGGGGUCGCCGACCUCGUCACCCGCGCACCCGGGGCCCUUCCGCUGCGUCCACCUCACACGCACCACCAUGGACGCGCACCGGGGCGAGAUCGCGCGCUGGCUCGACGUCCUCGCCGCCAAGGGCGUCCAAGAGCUCGCCUUUAUCAACCGCCCGUGGCCGCUCGACAUCCGCCUCCCCGCCACGCUCUUCCGCUGCGCUGCGCCCCCCUCACCCGCCUCUUCCUCAGCGCAUGGAGGCUCCCGGACACGGCCGCCGUCCCGCGCUCCGCCGCCAUCCCCAACCUCCGGGAGCUCGGCCUCUCCCUCGUCGUCGUGGAGGACCGCGACCUCGCCUUCCUGCUCGACAGAAGCCCCGUCCUGGAUAUCCUCACCGUCAUUCUGUCACAGGUCCCGGUGGUGGACGCCCCUCGCCUGGAGAGCCUCUUGCAGUGGACGGGCCUCACCAGUAUGUCCCGGAGGUGCUGCAGGGUUAAGAUUGUCCAUGCGCCCAAGCUGCGUGUUAUUGGAUACCUUCAGCCAGGAGAACAUGACUUGGAGAUUGGCAACACCUCUAUCAAGGCUGGGACUAAGUUGACCACCAGCACCCUUGUCCCGAGUGUCGAGAUCCUGGCCUUGGAACUUAAAUUCCAAGUCCGCAGUGACCUCAAGAAAGUGCCUAACUUCCUCCCAUGUUUUCCCAACGUCGAGACGCUCCAUAUCCAGUCUGAAAAGGCGUGUGAGGAGCCUACCGGCAAGGUCGGUCUCAAGUUUUGGCUGGAGGGCAGUCCCAUUACGUGUAUCCGGCAGCAAAUGAAGAAGUUGAAAUGA